UGCGGUCAUAGCGACCGCGGAGCCGAACACACCAUUUGUUGACAUCCAAAGACUGCAUGUGCUCACUCGUCUCAUUCGGAUAACUCCCAUCUGUUACGCGCAUCUGAGUGGAGAACUCGCCGCAAAUUCGACGCAAAGUAGCCCGAACGUCAAAAUGAUAGAUUUCCAAGCCGUGGUGAUGGCCGCCGGCCGGGGUUCGCGUCUCACCGAACUCCUAACGCCGGACUGCCCCAAAUACCUCUUGCCAAUCGGUAACUUGCCCAUGAUCUACUACCCGCUGUGCGCGCUCAAAAAGGCCGGUUUCACCGAAGUCAUCGUGAUAGCACCCAGCUCGGGCAAACAGAAAAUCGAUGAAACGCUUGCGGAGAAGACCGGGCUCCGGAUCGACUACGAGUUCGUCGCCGCCGGCGAGGACGAUUUGGGCACGCUGCAGAGCUUGAGACAGCUCAUCGGGCUGGGCAAAAUCAAGAAAGACCUCUUCGUGGUGAGCUGCGAUCUGGUGACCGACUUCGACUUCACCCGAGCCGCCAACCUCCACCGCACCUACGAUGCAGCUCUGACCGUCCUGCUAGCGCCCAUGUCCGACUCGCUGAAGGAGUCACCCGUGCCCGGGACCCGAGGCAAAGCCAAGUUCGAAAAAGACGUUGUGGGCCUUGAGCCCAAGACGAAUCGACUCCUUCUGUUCAACUCGGAGGCGGACUUUGAAGAAGUGGUGAGCGUGCGCCGGAGUUUGCUCCGGAAUCACCCCGUGAUCGAAGUCCGGUCGGAUUUAAUCGACGCCCACGCGUAUUUCAUCAGCAAGUGGCUCGUGCCGUUCCUGUUCAAGAACGAAGGCAUGACGACCAUCAAAGGAGAGUUGGUGCCUCUGCUGGCUCGGGUUCAGUUUAAGCCGGACCCGCGGAAGAAGACCGUUGAUAUUCCCGAAACUGACGUUUACAGGUAUGUUCCGACGCCAGAAUCCGGAGGCAUACUGGUUGGAGACGAACACUUCACCGGCGAGAUUGGGGACGGCCAAGACCCAAUCAGGUGUUAUGGAUUGGUCGCCGACGGCGCGUUCCUAGUAAGGGCCAAUACUGUCGCCGGAUUCAUGGAAGCCAACCGACAGGCGUACCAGCUCGACAGGGACACGUUCCCGCACAUACCUUCAGGGCGCUUCGACAACGUCCUAUCCGACAAGGUCGAGUUCGGCGAGAAGGCGUCGGUGCGCCACUGCGUGGUCGGGCAACACUGCCGCGUCGGAGCCCAGGCCAAGGUCCAGGACUCCGUGCUAUUAGACGGUGUCGUCGUAGGGGACGGCGCAAGCAUCCAGGGAUGCGUCCUCUGCGGCUCGCUCGAAGUGGGCGCGGGGUCGACGCUCAAGAACUGCGUCGUCGCCCACAAAAAGAACCUCGCGGAAGGCGCCAAGCACGCCAACGAGGUGCUUGGGACGUUCGUCGAAAUUUGAGUUCAAAUCGCUAAGACGCGUUCGUUUCACGGAGGUUGCGAUCCGUCGGUGGCGAGUUGUACAGACUCCUUCCUUUCCUUGGCAGUAAAAGCGGGUGUGUUGGCUUUU